AUGGACGGGUUCUCAAGCUUCUUUGGCCAGCCCUAUCCAGUCCAAGAUCCACAAGACCCCAUGGACGGCUACACGCAGGAUGAUGGGAUGAGUGGCCUGGAUCCCAGUGGCAUGGAAGCUUCGGCCUUGGGCCAGGCGCAGACCCUUGGGCAGAUCAUCCUCCAAAAUAACGACGAGUUGAUGCGCCGGAGAAAUACGAUCCAGUCCCAGUAUCGACAAGGCUCGCACGACCACGGUCGCAGAGCCUCGAUGCUCGAGUUUUCUUCCGCCAUAGACAGUGACUUGGCCAACUUCCAAUUCGAUCCGAACCCGAACGAAGCCGGCCUGCCCAUGGACCCCUCCCCUAUCAUGCCCAUGCCGAAAUCCCUUGAUCCACGAAGAGUCCGUUCUCGGGAGGACUUGUCUCUGAACACCCGCUUCUCUCAAAUGAAUGCCAACUUUGACCAAAUGCCGGCCGUCAACAACUUCUCUCCGGUGGGCGUGUCGAGCACCUCCGUCCCUGUCGAACCAUCUACCGCUUAUAUCGCACCGAAUAUCGACAUGGCCAUAGAAUACGACGCCCUAACGGGAGGCGCAAGUGCUCGAGCCAUGCAAUCAGCGCCAAUGCAAGAGGCCAUGUUCGCCGCCUCGCCAAUUGAACAAAGCUUUUCCAUCCCUUACCAACCCGUCAGUCAUGAUCCCGGUGGAGGCUCGAUGAGUCCGCCCGGUCCAAAUCCUAUGGUAGCAAUAUCCCAGGGCAUGUCCUCACUGCGCGAGCCUUAUCCAGGCUCUUCUCAGCAACUUCGAAGACCGAACCCCAUUGGCCCCAUUGCACCAGGCUCUCUCUCCACAAUGGCUUCACCAAUACAUAUCCAGGACCCGAGCAGAAGACACUCUGUAGAUGUUCAGAUGGGAUUUCCCGUGAAAGAUGUUAAUACCACCCUAAGGGCUAUGAACCCUCCGUCUCUGCCACAUAUGCAGCCCGUGGGUGGGAUCCAGCAUUCUAAAUACGUCAACGCAUAUUCUUCUAGUGGGUUUGAUAUGCUGGGGGUCCUCAUGCGAGUUGCAACGAGACCGCGACCCGAAAUCAAUAUUGGGCCUGUUGACUUGUCCUGUGCCUUUGUUGUUUGCGACAUCGAGAGAUUUGAUCUUCCAAUCGUUUAUUGUUCGGAAAUGUUUGAACGCCUGACAGGAUAUACAAGACACGAAGUCCUCGGUCGAAAUUGCCGCUUCCUCCAGGCGCCUAAUGGAAAUGUGCAGUCGGGAGUGAAACGGAAAUACGUCGACGACAACUCGGUCCUCUAUCUCAAGAACCAAAUCUCCAAGAGAGAGGAAGCACAGUUGAGCCUGAUCAAUUAUCGAAAAGGCGGCCAACCAUUCAUGAACCUCCUGACCAUGAUCCCGAUUCAGUUUGACUCCGAAGACUACAAAUUUUAUGUUGGGUUCCAGGUCGAUCUUGUCGAGCAACCAGGCUCUGUUUCCGGGAAGAAUCCAGAUGGUACUUAUGAGAUCAACUACAACCGAAGCUCGUUGCCGGCAUACAAUCUUCCCGCUCGUCCUGAUCCAAGUCAAGCACUGCAAGACAUGGGCCAGACUAUCUCUCCCGACGAAGUGUCCAGGCUUUUGGCCGCCCUUGGUAGUGGUGAGUCGGACGUGCCGAGACGGCUGUGGGACAAGGUCCUCCUGGAAAACAACGAUGAUGUUGUGCAUGUCCUGUCACUCAAGGGACUGUUCCUCUACGUAUCUCCUGCGAGCCGAAGAGUCCUAGAAUACGAUCCCAGUGAACUUGUCGGCGUAGGCAUAUCCUCGCUCUGCCAUCCGAGUGACAUAGUACCAGUGACCAGAGAAUUGAAGGAUAUGCCGCCGGGAGAGUCGGUGAGCGUGGUCUACCGGAUUCGCAGGAAGUUCAGCGGAUACACCUGGUUCGAGGCGCACGGCUCUCUCUACGUUGAGCAGGGGAAGGGCAGGAAAUUUAUUAUCCUCGCGGGACGAGAGCGGCCAGUCUAUGCCCUGGAUCGGACCGAGCUCGCGAUUGAUGGCAAUCUGGGCGAGAGUGAGCUAUGGUCCAAGAUUUCGACGUCGGGGAUGUUCUUGCAUGUGUCUUCUACCUCCCGAAUCAUGCUCGACCGACUCCCUGAAGACCUUGUCGGGACGAGUUUGCAGGCUUUGAUGCGACCGGAAUCCAAAAAGGAAUUCCUACGUCUGCUUGAAGUCGCACGAACAGGCGAGAAAGUGAUGUUCAGGCAUGACCUUCAGAAUCGAAGAGGUCAGGUCCUUCACGCACAAACGACCAUCUACCCUGGUGACGCUCGGCUUGGUUUCAAGCCCACCUUCCUGCUUGCGCAAACUCGCCUACUGAAGAUGACGCGUUCUGCACUCUUGAGCCAGAAGUCCAUCACAUCAUCGAGAACUGACCGAGCAUCGGCAGGAUCUGGAACCCCGACAUCACGUCCGUCAGGUAGACCGUCCGCCAGCCCCAUGGACGGGGCUGUCAGUACCUUUGCGGAACAUCCCGGCUCUCUACUCGGCAACCACACCCUAAGUCUAGGCAACCAAGACGAGGCCCUGGCCUCGGAAGACAACAUCUUCGAUGAGCUGAAAACAACCCGAAGUUCCAGUUGGCAGUUUGAACUCAGGCAGAUGGAGCGUCAAAAUCGGUUAUUGGCUGAGGAGCUGCAAGGAUUACUGAGUCGCAAAAAGAAACGCAAGAGGAGAAAGGGGCUCGGCCAGGUUGAGAAGGACUGCGCCAACUGUCACACUCGAGUCACACCGGAAUGGAGACGGGGACCAAGUGGCAACCGUGACCUGUGUAACAGUUGUGGACUGCGGUGGGCCAAACAGAAUGGACGAGUAUCUCCUCGUAAGCCUUCGAACCACAGUGACAAGGGCUCAAGAUCCCCAGCCCAGAUUAGAGCGGCCAACAAGACCGACGCCAAGAAUGGCGAAAUGUCUGAGACAAUGAACGGCGGCCCUGCCCAAUUGGUAAGGACCACAACAGGAACAGUCGAGCAACAAGAGAAUACGAGUGAGUGGAGAGGGCAGAUGCCGCCAAAGAUUGAGGAAGGCGAAGAACCUCCGCAUCCGAGCAUCCUGCCGACGUGA